AUGUCAGCAAUGUCAAUUUCCGAUAUGAUGGCAACAAAGCUGGGCACACCACAACUAUUGGACCAUAUCAGCAUCAAAUCAAUGAGAUGGCAAAAAAAAACCGGAUCUACUGUCUGCUCAUGGCAACAAAGCAACAGGGGCUUGUCGCAACAACAACAACGCUCAAUCAACAAAGGUGGUAACUUCAAAUGGUGGCAAUGGAGUACAAAAGGGCACAUCAUCGACGUUUGGCGACAGCACACAAGACGGUUUGUCCGACGAAUCAACAUCAUUCAACAAGACGACUACUUCUACCGCAAGAGCGGCAAGAAACUAGGACGACAUACAGCUCAUUUGACAACAUUUGCAGCGGUGCAUGAUGCGGAGCAGCACAUUCGACUGGUCGAGUACAUGGAAUACACAAAUCGCCACUACGGUAACUCGGUCUAUCCGUUAUUACGUUGCGGUGACAAGAAACUAAGCGACAAUUUCAGCCCACAAUCAAUCAUCAACUAUUUUAUUGUGAUGGCAAAAAAAAACAAGUGGCAACAAGAUGCAAUGGGCAACAAAUUUCAGAUCGCACACAUGGACGGAAUCGGCCCGCAGCAACUACGAGCGACAACAGGGCGCGAUUGA